AUGGCUCCUAAUCUCCUGACCACUGAUGCCAAGGCAUUGGUUAUUGAUCCAAACAAGAACAAAAAGGCCAAGACCAAGACCAUCAAGAAGCACCCUCAGCACACAACAUCCAACGUGUUUGCCAUGUUUAACCAGUCUCAGAUUCAGGAGUUCAAAGAGGCCUUCAGCAUGAUUGACCAGAACAGAGAUGGCUUCUUCGACAAGGAAAACUUGCAUGAUGUGCUGACCUCUCUAGGGAAGAACUCGACGGAUAAGUACCUGGAAGCCAUGAUGAAUGAGGCUCCAGGGCCCAUCAACCUCACCAUGUUCCCCACGAUGUUCAGGAAAAAACUCAAUGGGACAGAUCCAGAGGAAGUCAUCAGAAAUAUUUUUUUCUGCUUUGAUGAAGAAGCAACAGGCACCAUUCAGGAAGACUACCUGAGAGAGCUGCUGACCACCAUGGGGGACCACUCUAUGGACGAGGAAGUGGACGAGCUCUACAGAGAAGCUCUAAUGGACAGAAAGGGGAAUUUCAAUUACACUGAGUUCACACGCAUCCAGAAACAUGGAGCAAAAGACAAGGAUGACUGA